GUUGAGACCAUGCUGUCCUCUAUGGUUGAUUGUUGUUCUUUGCUCACCUUUGUUGAUUGUUCCUUAAACUCUGUGAUCUUUAAUUGUGCUUGAUAAUUAAAUUGAAAAUUUCUAAUUAAAUUAAAUUGUUAACAUGCCAUUUGACGAUGAUAUUGCCAAGAAAAUGGGAGACCUUUUGUUAAAAGGUUACUGCUUAUUGAAUGAUUAUUGUUCCGUUUGCUCGUCUGCUCUGAUGAGGUCUAGAGAUGGUACCGAUAUUUGUGUCGCUUGUAGAUCAUCAAGAGAGGUUAAGGAAAGUAACCAAAUGAAUAACAAUGGAAUGGAGGAAGAUAAUCAACCAAUAUCAUCUUCAAUGUCAAACAAUUUGGGUGAAGCUUCAUCAUCAUCAUCAUUUCCUAAUAAAAGAUCUCGUACCUUAUUAAAUACCGAUGGUAUUGACAAGUUUAACCUUCCAAAUGAUGUUUGGCGAAGUGAAUCAGUUCCUCGGAUGUUACGUGAAACCGUUAAGACUAAAUUGUCUUGGGCCUCAUCUCGACUUGCGAUUGACUCAAUUGGUUGUCUAUCUCUCCUGGAAUCUUGUAUCAAUUUGCUAAACAUUAUGGAUACUGAUCUAAGCGAUGCUCCUGAAUACAUGAUAACUAUGCUUAAUUUGGAGAAAUUUGUUGAAUCGGAGCAGAAAAAGAUGUCAGAAUGUGGUGAUAUUCAAGAAUGCAACAGAAUAUGUGACACAAUCUACUUGACAUUGAAAAUGAUGAAAAAUCUGGACCAAGCUAAUGUAACCAAAUUAAAUCCAUUGUGAACACAAACAAAGAUCAAUCAAUCAACCAAAAAAGGACAAUUAUGAUUUACUCUUUUCUGUUGGAAAAUCCAUUCCGGUCAUUGUCACCAUUAUCCUUUUUUUUCCAAGAAGCAAAGUCGGAAUCAUCCAUGAUUAAUCUCUAGGAAGUGACCUUUUUUUUCACCAAAAACAUCAAAAGAUUCAAUUGGAAAUUUUCUUCAUCACUGAGCUUUUGUUUAUUUUAAUUUCUUUUGAUUAUUAUUCCAAAUUUAAACAAAAGAGAAGGAAAGAAAUGAACAGCAAAAGGAAGGGUGGAUUUUCUGAACGGUGUAAACAUGAACCAUUCCAACAUUGACAUACUCUCACCAUCUAAAUUGAAAAGAUUCUGAUGAUUAACUAUCAUCUCUUUUUACACCGAAAUCUUUUGUUAUCCAAAUCUUCAAAUAACCAUGAAAGGAAAUCAAUAUUGUUUAUGGCUCAUUUAAUUUCCAAUCACCAAUAAUUCAAAUAUCCUCACCAUGUAUCGUCAUCACUUUGAUGGACAAAAUUUAGGUCUUCAAUUGUCAUCAUCAUUUGUGUAAAAAUCAUUUCUUGUUUCCUUGAUAAUCUCAAUUAUGUAUCAUUUGAUUUGGAUAUUUCAUCGCCAUCCUAUCAACAUCAUCUCACCAACUCUUUGAUACCCAAAUUAAACUAAUUGUAUAACCAUAAAGAAACAGAAACUUAAUCAGUUAUGAUUUUUGAAAAUUUUAAA